AUAAAUCAUUUAUUUAUCAUGGUAGCAAUUCAGCUGAUUUACUUCAUUGCAAACUAUUUCCACAAGACCAACAUACAUGUAUUUCUCUAAUUUUUAAAAAAAAUAUUUACAAACAAUUUGUAUAAUUCCAAAAAAAAAUGUGCAAGUGAUAUUUCACAAACAACACAUGUGGUCUAUAUGUACCCCUGCUUUCUGGUAGGUCUAGGGGCUGUACCUAACACAGAACUGCCUGCAGACCCAUUGAGAUUACACCUAUAGUUUACUUGACAAAUGUCUUCAGUGAACAAUUACCCAUUAAUCAAGACUUCAAACUUCUUAAUCACCCUGUGUCAAUUUCACGAUGACUUGCAUCAUUAAACAUCAUUCAUCUCUAUUCUAUAUCCAGAGAUGCACCUUUUUCCAUAAUAAGUUAAAGAAGUACUAUAAAACUCAUACAUAAAGCCACAAAAUGGACAAAUUCUUUUUCGGAGUUUUUCUUUUGGGGAUACUUUUGUGGGAAGAAAUCACUGCACAGACAAGGAACCAAGGACAAAAUUCAAACCCUGGGUUUCCAACCAACCAGACAACUCAAAAAAAUUCAUCCAACUCGCAAAACAAAAAUGUCCAGAAUAACUAUAACAGCAAUUUACAGCCCAAGGUGAACUCUGGGUCUUCAAACUGGAACAAUGGACCUCCAAGAAAAAAUUGGGAAGGUGGGCCCUCAUCAUGGACGAGUGGAAACUCGCAAGGUAGAACCUCAAUGCGGAGCAGUGGAAAUUCUCGAGGCAGACCAUCCAAUAACAAAUGGAGUGGUGGUCCCACAAACAUCAAUAAUGGACCUAAAGGCAAUUGGAAUGCUGGACCACCGAGUGGUAAUUGGAAUGCUGGACCACCCAGCGGUAACUGGAAUAAUGGUCCCCCUAACGGAAACCGGAAUGGUCCGCCCCAAAAUGGAAAUUGGAACAGUGGACCCCCUAAUGGUAAUCGGAAUAGUGGUCCACCAAACAAUAAUUGGAAGAAUGGCCCACAAAAUAAUGGGCCUCCGAAUGGAAACUGGAACAAUGGGCCACCACCAUAUCCUAGCAAUGGACCACCGUAUGGGCCCUGGAAUCAAGCACCCCCCUUCCCUGGCCCAGGACUUCCCCUGCUAGACCCUGACCUCCCUGAUGGAUUAGACACUAUGUAUCAACGAAUGCAGGCUAUGCAAGCCAUGCACGAGAUGAAUCAGUAUGCUAGCAAAUUUGGGGGACUGGACAUUAUUCCACCUAUGGCUUUUCCACAUCCUGUACCUGCACCUGGGAUGGCCCCUAGGAUACCUGGAUCUGGACCUCAGACCGGAUUUCCUCAGAGACCUCACACCCGAUUAGGGGUCUGGACUGGAACCGAUCCAAAGAGUGCAAACAGCACAGGCAACAUUACCAUGGCAUUCACUAGAAGAAAUUCAGCGCAAUCAAAUACCCUGAGACCCAAGCUAGCGGAGUUCCAACACCAAGGAAGAAUAGGAUGGGGAAAUGGAAACGAAACUACUAACUCUACAAGUAUGACUGGACAAAACCAAAGCCAGAUCAUGACCAAUCCACGGAACUAUCUUUAUAAUCCCUACAGUUAUGGUUUCAAUGGUUUUGGAUUUAAUCCAUGGACUAGGCCCUACAAACCGGAUACUCCGGAUCACCUGGAAAACAGAAAGAAUAAUGAGAAAAAUGCUCAGAAAAAUCAGCCGUCAUACAACCCGGCUCCACCAUCAGGCUGGGCACCUAUGCCUCGAGACAGAUUGACUGGUCUAACUUUAAAUCAGACAAGACAACCAGAGAAAAGUGAGAUCAUGAGUCAGGGUGUUAAAAAUAUUCAGCGAAUACAGAGUGAAACAAGGGGAUGGCCUCCACAACCACAGGCUAACACAAACCAAGGUCGACCACCUCAGAGAUACGAUCAAUGGACACCUUCCUCAAGGAGACAGAACUGGAAUCCACAUGGUACCAUGAAACCAGACCCAGACGGAGGGAAACAAGGAGACGUGGAAAAGGAAGUGGAGAAAGAGAAAGAAGAAGGCAGAACCAAAACUAACAUCAAUGUGGUUAAAGCUGUCCUGAACGAGGUGUACAGACAGAGAGACAACAAGGACUUAUCAGUGGCCUCCAUAAUGGACGCCAUCAACAACCGGGAAACAAGGUACAAAAUGCAGUACAGAUAUGAAGGAAACGUUCCUCCACCACCCUGGACAAAACAUCUAGAGACUGUUAAAGCACAGAAGAAAGGACCGACACCCAAACCUGCUGAAGUGGUAGCUGAGGAUGUAAAGAGAAUCAGCAUUCCAAGGACUGGAGCUAGCUUUAGGUUUUCCUCAAAAUACAUUCCAAGAAACAUGGCUACAAUGAUUCAAAAUCAAACAGUGCAACCCAAUCAAAACCCAAGAGCACAGCCUAAUCAAAACACGGUCAACAUGGGGUGGCCACAGACACCUCCAAUAACCUCCAACUCUCCAUCUGGGCCAGUAACUCCAGCAUCCGUCUUUAAAACACAAGAUAUCAUGCAGCAAGCUAUAGGGAUAGCUCAGCACCCUGGGAAUGUGGUAUCUGCUAAAUCCAACAACAGUCAAACAAUACCAGACCUGGCUCCAAUGUUAGGAGAGAUGCCUACCACCACAGGGAAAGUCAUCACACUGAAUGUAGACACUGAGAUCCAAGUCCAGAAAGGAGACCAGGUACACAUGAUAAACCAUGAACAAGUCAUCACUGUUCCAAUCAAUAGGACAACUCCCGUGCCCCUAAAUCCAAAUCAUAUGGGGGUUACCAUGGCGGUUGUGGAGAGAUGGCCUGAAAUGAGUACGCCACCGGACAGUGUUCAGAAGGCCCCAAUUCCUACCGAGGCCUCGUUAUCUCCCUCCUCCACCUUUGGUAUCAUUGUGGGAAUCAUCAUAGGAUUCACCAUCAUUUUAGGACCAAUUCUAUGUAUCAUAUGCCGAGUUCGAAGAAAGCACAGAGAGAAGAAGCGAAGACUCUCGGCUAAGCAGAGUGGAUUCAGUAAAGGUGAUGUCGAUGCCAUGGAGACCAUGAUAAGCUGCGACUUUGGUGAGUCUGCUGGGCCAUCCUCUGGCAUCAGCUUUGGUGCAAAAGCCAAAGUGAAAAGCUUCCUCACUCGACCAGCAAGUCGGGGAAAGGCUGGCACUGAACUGCAAACCAUCCGACCUAAAAAUCAAACCACAACGGCCGUCAUUCACUGAGUGGCUUUCAUCAGAAAUCUGUUUGUGUGGCUUAUCAAAAUAAUUUUGUUGUUUUCUUCUAAAACGGAUGUCGGAAAUCCUUAAAUGUCUGAGACAAACAUUACAAUACCUGUAAAUUGAUUGAACACCAUAUAAUGCUGUUUUCUUUGUACAAAUAAAUGUCUCACUAUAUGCAAAA